UCUCGUAUCGCGGUGGACACGACGGCAGUGAAAAUGCGGUAGUGACAGUGAGUUGUAACCGUCCGAGGACCCGCGGCGAAGCGUAGGGAGUAUCGCAUCCCUGGUUGCGUAUCGUAGGCGCGAGGACGCCACAAGUUUGCCCCGAGAGAAAAUCCAAGUGAUACCGCCGGGAUAUACGUAUACGUAGAUUUUUGUCUUUUUGGGAGAGGCUCCUCGAAGCCGGGACCCCAAAAUACCACCGGAAGUAGUUAUGACGAGAUCGUGUGUACGAGGACCAGGAAUUUACGCGCAUGUGUCCAGUGGGAUUUAGUGCCGGCGAUAAAGCGUUCCUUCCAGAUCUGGAUACUUUGCUCUCGACACCUACCGGACCUGGAUUAUCUCAUGUCAGGAUGGCGCUCGCGCGUCUUGCGGUGAGCGACUGUGCGCCUCAAACGUCGCGGGUCAGCUCGAACUUGCACAGCAGCAGUAGUAUGGCAGUAAGUCGUGUACCGAGCCCACCACCACCGGAAGUGAACACCCCCGUCGCCGAGAAUUGGUGUUACACGCAGGUGAAGGUGGUUAAGUUCAGCUACAUGUGGACGAUAAAUAACUUCAGCUUUUGCCGGGAGGAAAUGGGAGAGGUGCUGAAGUCGUCCACCUUCUCGGCAGGGGCCAACGAUAAACUGAAAUGGUGCCUAAGAGUGAAUCCUAAGGGUCUGGACGAGGAGAGCAAAGACUACCUGUCCCUGUACCUCCUUCUGGUCUCGUGCAACAAGUCCGAAGUCAGAGCAAAGUUCAAAUUUUCUAUCCUUAAUGCCAAAAGAGAAGAAACCAAAGCAAUGGAGAGCCAGCGUGCAUACAGGUUCGUCCAAGGUAAAGAUUGGGGCUUCAAGAAGUUCAUUAGGAGAGACUUCCUGUUGGACGAGGCCAACGGACUCCUGCCCGACGAUAAACUCACGAUAUUCUGUGAGGUAUAUACCUUUGUCAGCGUCGUGGCGGACAGCGUCAACAUUUCCGGCCAGAGCAACACCAUACAGUUCAAGGUGCCGGAAUGCCGGUUGUCCGACGAUCUGGGCCUCCUCUUCGAAAACCAAAAAUUCAGCGACGUCACGCUGACGGUCUGCGGGAGGGAGUUCCAAGCGCAUAAAGCCAUACUCGCAGCUCGCAGUCCGGUGUUCUCGGCGAUGUUCGAGCACGAGAUGGAGGAGAGGAAGCAGAACCGUGUCGACAUCACCGACGUGGACCACGAGGUGUUGCGCGAGAUGCUCCGGUUCAUAUACACGGGAAAAGCGGCGAAUCUGGAGAAGAUGGCGGACGACCUGCUCGCGGCGGCGGACAAGUACGCGUUGGAGAGGCUGAAGGUAAUGUGCGAGGAAGCGCUCUGCACGAGUUUAGCCAUCGAGAACGCGGCCGACAUCCUCAUUCUCGCUGAUCUUCAUAGCGCCGAUCAACUCAAGGCGCAAGCCAUAGACUUCAUUAAUACACACGCGACGGACGUGAUGGACACGGCGGGUUUCAAGUCGAUGGUGAACUCGCAUCCGCACCUGAUCGCGGAAGCGUUUCGCGCGCUCGCCACCCAACAGAUCCCACCGAUCGGUCCGCCCAGGAAGCGAGUGAAACAGAGCUGAAAACAGUCACCGCUGACACCGGGCACGACCUCCACGUCGCCCCCGCCUAUUUUGCAUCCUUCAUGAGAAAAUGGAGAGGAUACGAUGAAGAAUGAGAUGAAAUGAAAUGAAAUGAAAUGAAAUGAAAUGAAAUGAAAUGAAAUGAAACGAAAAUGAAAAUGAUAAUGAAAAUGAUAAUGAUAAUGAUAAUGAUAAUGAAAUGACAAGACAGUUUGUACAGUGAUAAAACGAAGUAGUGUUCUAAAUAAAUGUUUCCUAGUGCGCCAUCCUCUGGUGUCCACUGCGAAAAGCAAACGGGGAGGACUGUUCUUCGAACGGCGGCUGAAAGGGAAGAGACUAUCUCGCGCGCGCGUUGUUUCCGUCUUCUCUUCGCCGACUGCAUGUGUGCGUGCGCAAGCCUCUUCGAGGGCACAGAUACGCAGCAAGAGGGUAGCCCACACGCCGCGGAUAGAAUGUGUAUGCGUGCGCCUGUAUGUAUGUGUAUGCGUGAGAAUGAAAGAGAGAGAGAGAGAGAGACUUCGUUGUAAUUCAGUGGGUCGUCGAUGUUGAAGAGGAUACCCCGUCUAUCACAGAACCAGAGUGCGCCGACGAGCAAGCAACCAGCGACACGUAGGGUCAGAAUUGGGCCGGAGACGGUGCACUGGACACUCUCUUUUUUCCGCAUCUUCCUGACGGUCAGCGUCUUCCUUGAACUGGAGGCCACAGAUUGUAGUCGUCAGUCUCGAAAGAAAGGCCAAUUGUCGAGACGCCCAACGAUCCGUCGCCGUGAAUAAGGUCUCGCGUGGAUUUGACGAAGAAGCUGGAUUACCAUCAGUCUCGAAGGAUCAAGUCUGUAAGCAACCUUAGGACCAAGCAGAGAUCGAAGCUAGCUGGCAGAAAUUGCUACGACUCGUCAUACAUUGGAGACACAUCGUACACACACACACACACACAGGUACACGCAUUCUUACACAGCAGGCACACACGUGACACAUAAAGUAAACGUGAAAUGCACGAAGGAAGUUGUGAUAGACGUCGGCCGGGCGAUUAAACAUUUUGUUCCUUUGUCGAAGAAGAAGAAGGAGAUGAAGAAGAAGAAGAAGAAGAAGAAGAAGAAGAAGAAGAAGAAGAAGGAGAAGAAGAUGAAAAAGAAGAAGAACGCAUCGAACGAUGUCCCACGCAUGUUCGUCAAGUAACGAGCAAGGAAUAUGUUAUAUGUAUAUAUAUAUAUGUGCAUAUAAGCAUAUAUAUAUAUGUAUAUAUACAUGUAUAUAUAUACAUAUAUAUAAAUGUAUAAACAUAGUAUAUGACAUAUACCAUGUUUAUUACCGAUAGUGAUUUUUUAGUUUAAUGGAGACAGACGAAUUAACGGAACGUGAAACUCUUCCAGAUACGGAGAAAAAAAUGAAUUCUAGUUAGGGUUUUUUAUGAUCUCUUUCUCUCAACUUGUACGACUACUACUAUGAUUACUAUUAACGCUAUGCAAUCUGUGCCCCCUCCCUCGCCCCUAGCCACUACUCGUAUUUUUGUAUAUUUUGUCCCCGUCAACGAACACACACACACACACACUGUCCCUCGAGAACUCGAUGCUGGAUUCUCCCGAUCUGUUGCACAGUUAACCAGCCAAUUUUUCGGAUGCGUGAUCUGUGAUCUGAAAUGAUUCGUUGUAUGUUCGGGUAAAUGUGAUUACGAUAGGAUUUACGAUGCUGCGAGUAUUCCGACCUAAUUUAAUUAGAAAAUUCGUUUGGUUCGAUAUAAUCGAGAGGGCUAAAAAUUCAUAUUACUAAUAUAUUAUUAUUGUUUGCGACGCGGUAACCGCGAGUUCAAUUGGAUAUCGUUUUAACAAUUGACCAAUGACCGGCCAUUUUAACAGAGAACGGGCAUCCAGCCUCCAACGCGGCCUUCUUCUCUCCCUCCUCCCCGAUUAUCAUUAGGCACAGUUUGUUUUGUUUUCUCGAGUAUUGCAUAGUAGAUGAAGUGAUAGAUUCGAAUUAUUAUUAUUAUAAUAUUAUAUUAUUAUUAAUAUUAUUAUUAUUCUUAUUAUUAUUAUUAUUAUUAUUAUAUUAUUAUUAUAUUAUUAUUAUUGUAUUAAAUUUAGGGUUGUCCAUAAUUUAUCGAAUUUUACGUUGAUUAUUGAAAUGUCUAUCGUACUUGUGCGCAGGAUUUACAACAGGCAUUGAUUAGGUGAUUUGUGAACAAACUAUACCAUAUUAUUCUAAAGGGGAAAAAAAAUGGAGAAAAAAGAGAUACACUGCGAACGACACGAACGACAACAAGAUAGAGAGAACAACGCGAGAAAUCAUGGACAAGAUAUGGAAAUCAAACUGAGAGAUAGAUAGGAGAGAAUGACGCGGAGAGAAAGGGAGAACGAAAGGCAGAGAGAGAAAGUGAGAGAGAGAGAGAGAGAGGGUGGGAGAGAAAGGGAGAGAGAGAGAGAGA